AUCAAAAGAAGUCUGGAGCAGCAGAAGUCGGACUUCUGUAACACACCACCAAAAAAACAUGUGGCAGCAAAGAAAGCAAGGUCUGAUGUCCAGGGCCAACCACAGCAGGAUACCCCGCCACGAAGAUUAUCAACAGUAUGUUCGGUCCUCCCACUCCAAAUUUUGGACACACCACCAAGACGUGAACCACACUCCCCUCAUCUUGAUUCUUCUAGCCCUGGUAACAGCAUCCCUCCGCAACAACAGCAACACAGUGACAUGGAUGAGACAAUCAUGUUAGAAAUGCAGCCAUUAAGCCAAGGAAUCAGCCCCCCAGCACCUGUGAGUACACCACCACAGCAAAGCACACAACCACCACAACACAGCCCAACAACACCAGUAACACAAGGCCCUGAUCACGUGUUUUGGAACAUUUGGGCUAGACAGCAGGCCACUAAUGAAGAUUGCCUGCGUAGGCAGACACAAAUGUUUGCAAGCCUACCAUGUCACCUCAGAAGAAUAACCAGAAAUAUGAGUAGACAAAAUGAACAAACCACGAGAAUUGGCAAUACCAUGGAACUCAUGCGUGCAGACAUUACACAGGUCAUGGGCAACUUACAGCGCAUAAUGGAAGAACAGCACAGACUAACAGAAGAACAGCACAGACAACAGCAAAGCUAUAUGAACAUUUUUCAAAACAAUCAAAAGAUAAAUGAAACUUUAUUCCAAAUUGUAGACAAUCAAAAUGCUGCUACACGUGAACUCAAUGCCACCCUCACUAACCUCAAUGAAACACUCAGAUUCAUGCACCAACAGCAAACAAGCAGCAGUUCUGGUACGACUACUCCAAAUAUCACGCCAGUGUCAUCACCACCAAGACACUCCACCAGAGCACGCCAACAUGACAGUGGUAAAGGCAAAGGGCAGGACAAGCAGCCACCCAAAUUUUUUUUACAAAUAAACCUCACAUUUUUAAUUUCAGAGAAGUAAAUCAAAAUACUUAGUAAGUGUAUGUUUGACAAAAUAGAUAUAACACUUAGCU